AUGGCCACCCCCGCCCCCGCCCCGAUCCCUGCGACUCGUCCCAGGUCGCCCCCUCGCGGCGCCUGCGGCAUGGGCACGUACCCGGUCCCGUCGACCUCGGACGAGGCCCGCCCGUCGUCGCGCUCGCGCUCGCCGACGACCCUCAUCGACAGCAUCACGCGCGCCGUCUCGCGCUCCAUGUCGCGCCCUCGCGGUCGCACGUCGCCGUCGCCCGAGAUCGUCGCUGCCGCCUCGUCGAGCGACGAGACGCUCGCCGCGCCCGGCCCUGCGCCCGCUGCAGCCAAGGCCAAGGACGCCGCCGCCGUCCCGGCGCCUGCGCCUCGCUCGAGGUCGCGCGAGCCUCGCGGCGCAGCAGGCUUCGGCGACUUUGCCAAGUCGCACAGCCGCGAGGCGAGCCGGUCGCGCACGACGACGUCGGGCGCAGCUGCUGCCGGUGCGAGCUCGACGCGCGAGGCGGGCCUGGCGCGCGUCAAGGAGGAGCCGCGCGGUGCGGCCGGCCUCGGCGGCAAGGCGCACGAGCCCGAGACGAGGGGCCGGGCCGCGGCGGGCGUGUCGACGAGCGGCGAGGACGGCAAGGGUGGGCGGUCGGCGAGCGUGUCGAGGGCGAGGGCGGCGGUCGGGCGCAUGUGGGACGCCGUCAGGCCGCAGGAGGAGGUCGUGCCGGACGAGAGGACUUGGGGCGCGGCGGGCAUGGGCGACUGGCGUGCCGCGAAGGAGCGGAGCGCGAGUCGCGGGAGGAAGGCCGAGUGAAGGUCGCUCCUCCGUCUCUCACGUCGCGCUCGUCUGUCCUUGUCGUACCCAGCUAGAGUCUGUAGCUUCGUCUGUGCCCUAAUGUUGAUCCUCGUCCGUGCC